AUGCUGGCCACGGACGGCGGACACCAGGCUCUCACGGGCACACUUGAUAUUUCAAUCGAAGUUACCGACGCCAACGACAAUUCACCAGUUUUCGACAAAUCGACUAUCAACACGACGGUCAGCGAAAACGCUCCAACCGGUUGGAUAGUCACUCAGUUGCGAGCCACCGAUAACGACAUUGGAGUGAACGCACACGUGACUUACAAACUAAGCGACCAAUCAGCUUCCGAGUACGGUGAUAUAUUCAAAAUUGAUAGCCAAUCGGGAGAGCUAUACCUCGGAAAGGAACUUGAUCGAGAGAAACAAGACUUCUAUAGGAUACACGUGGUAGCCGCAGAUUCCGCAGAAGUCGACAAAAAAUCAGCCCAUGCAAGCAUCAGUGUGCACGUGCUGGAUGUCAAUGACAACUCGCCGCACAUUCGAAUGUAUGCCAAACGUGACACCCCUCUUGAAAUCAGCAGCAUGAGUGGACCCGACACUUUCGUACAGCAUUUCGUCGUCAAUGACAACGAUUUAGGAAACAAUGCCAGAUUUUGGUGCUGGCUG